AUGGCGACGACCGCCUUGCCGUACUUGCCUCGAUACACCAACCUCAUCAACCGGUCGAAUACUUCCUUGACAAACGCACGAGCCUCCCUGACCUCGUUCCCUCCGUCGCGAUCCCCAUCAGAAGCGUCGCAAGCCUCCCAUCCGUCCGCAUCACAUCAGCUCCCAAUGGCCGACACCGACCGGAUAUCCGACCCGAGCUCGAACUCCAUCACGCCAUCCCUUGACGUUUCUUCCCAGCACUCGUCACUCUCGGCACCGCGCCGGCCCAAUGCCGAUUCUAAAUCAUCGAGGAAGCUACGGUCACAGUACCCUCGCUCCUCGGCUGAAAACCAUGUCGAGUACAUCUUGGUCGCCUCCUUCGACAUCGACCGCGGUCCCGUCAUGGAGCACCAGUACCCCAUCGCCAUCACCGGGGAUGAGAACAUGCUGGCCGAGCUCAUGUUGCCAGAUCAGGCACACGCCCGCAACCAGGACUGGACCAUAUUCUUCCUCCACAAAGACACGAGCCAAGAGGACGAGGAUGAAGAGCGACGGGCAAAGGACCGGCGAAGGCGUCGUCGCAGAAUACGACGCGCCCGGGCGGCAGGAAUCAUACCGGAAGAGAAUGAAGAGGAGGCGGGGCUGGACGACGACGGAGACGACGACGGCGCCGACGACGGCUCGGCCGACGAAUCACUCGAUAGCGAGCCAGAAGGCGGCGAAGGGCCGCCGCUAGUCUACGUUUUGAACUUGGUCAACACCAAGCACGACAAGUCGGCCAAGAGGGGCGCCAUCGUCAAGGCCAUGGCCAUUUGCACCCGGCACCCCUUUCUGCACAUUUACAAGCCUCUGCUCCUCCUAGCGCUAGAGGAGUACUUCAAAUCACCGGUGCCGGAGACGCUUUCCAUGCUGUACGACGCCGUCAACGCCAUGGAUCUGUCGCUCAUGCCCCGGCUGAGCAUCCUCGAGCGGCAUCUGCUGCUCGCGAGCGAGAACCGAGACCUGUUCGUCGAGAAAUUCGAGCAGAUGAUACAGAUUCGAAUGGCCGAAGACCUCGAGCGCUCGGCCGCGAACGGCCUCAGCAACGGAAACCACAGCCCCACGAAGCUGGCGGGCAUCUCCAGGGCCGGCACCAAGGCUCACGUCGAGGGCGGCAGCCAGUCCACCUACUCGGUCCCUCGGGACACGCACGAGUUCGAGAGCAAGGUCAUGUACAAGGGUAUCCCCAUACCGAUCAAAGUGCCGACGGCGGUCAUGCCCGAAACCGUGGGCGACUUCUCUCUCAUCAAGCUCAUCCAAAACUUUUCCGAGCCGCACGUGAAGUCGCCGCAGCCCUUUCCGCUGCACCCGCACUUGACGACCAACGGCACCCACACGCACCCCAUCAUGGUGCUCGUCAACGGACUGUUGACGCAGAAGCGGAUCAUAUUCCUCGGACACAACAUGCCUUCAGGGGAAGUGGCCGAGGCCGUCCUCGCCACAUGCGCGCUCGCCUCCGGGGGCAUCCUGCGAGGCUUCACCCGCCACGCGUUUCCCUACACGGACUUGACCAAGAUCGACGACCUGCUCAACGUCCCCGGCUUCAUCGCCGGCGUGACGAACCCGACGUUUGAGAACCACCCGGAGUGGUGGGAUAUCCUCUGCGACCUGCCUACCGGGCGCAUCAAGAUCAGCAGCAAGAUCGAGCCGCCGUCGGUGACGGAAGGGCUCUUGUACUUUCAGCAGCAGCAUCCGAACCUGGCGACGAUGGCGAGCGGCACGACCAACAACAACCAGGACUUGACGGGCGAUGCUGCCUUCAUGACGGACCUGCUCAAGAGCGUGGCCAUGAGGCACGGCGAGCGGGUGAUUCGGGCCAAAUGGCGGGACUGGGUUCUCAAGUUUACUCGAAUCGCGGCCCAGUUCGAGGAGGGUGUGUACGGAGCCAGCGCGCUUUACAUAGGAAGUGAAGACCAGGAGAUGACGAUCCCCGGCACCGGCGGGCACGGGUACGUGUGGGCGGACGACGCGGCGAAGAAUAAGGAGCUUGCCGGCAACGUCACCAGGAUCGAGGGCUGGCGCAACACCCGCAGCUACUACAGCUACAUCCAGGACCUCGCCCAGGUGUACACGGUUCGCCCGCUCAAGGGCCUCGACCUCGCUCACAUGCACGACCGCCUGCGUAUGCAGCGGCUCUCGCCGACACAAAGCCGCGAUAUCUACCUGACGCUCUCCAAAUACAUUCACUCGUACGACGAGAUUUGCCUGCUGCUCGACGUGGCACCCGAAUCGCACGCCGGGUUGUUCUACCUCGCGCUGGGCCUGUUCCACAAGGAUCGCGAGGUGCGGCUCAAGACGGCGGAGCUGUUGGAGCGCAUCUCGGAGCACGAGGCGGGACAGCACUGGUGGAAGAGCAUGAGCCGGUUCGAGAAGCUCGCGUACGAGCGCCUUCGACGCGAAGCAGAUGCCGAGAUGCGGGUCAAGCUGGAGAAGGGUGGGGUGAGCUCCGGCUCGGAGAGGAGGAUCAGUUAG